GGCGAUCUAGGCUGCGCAGGCGCAGGAGGGACUCUGGCGAGUCCCGACGGCUGCGGUGGUGACUGAGGAGCUGGGGCGUGGAGCAGUGGUGGCGGCGGCGGGCGGCAACGGAGCAGCCAUGAGGGCCGGGCCCAGUCACCGACAUGUGAGCCACUGCCCCAUGUUGUGUUGAUGUCGGUCUGCCAUGCUAGCCUGUCUACCAGGGCCAGGUGACCUGUCCUUUCAGCUUCUUUCUCACACGCAGAUGAACACUGGACUUCAGAAAUGGGACACUACACAGAAAAUGAGAACUGCUCACUAUCCUACCCCAGCCGAAUUGGAUGCGUAUGCUAAGAAGGUCGCGAACAACCCACUGACUAUAAAAAUCUUCCCCAACAGUGUGAAGGUUCCCCAGCGGAAACACGUUCGUCGUACUGUGAACGGCCUGGACACAUCAGCCCAGCGCUACAGCCCCUACCCGACGCAGGCUGCCACCAAGGCAGGCCUGCUUGCCAUUGUCAAAGUGCCAGCCAAAAGCAUACUCAAGGACUUUGACGGCACCCGAGCCCGGUUGCUCCCUGAGGCCAUCAUGAACCCCCCAGUGGCGCCCUAUGCUACUGUGGCACCCAGCACUUUAGCCCACCCCCAGGCCCAGGCUCUGGCCCGCCAGCAGGCCCUGCAGCAUGCACAGACCCUGGCCCAUGCCCCUCCCCAGACGCUGCAGCACCCUCAGGGUAUCCCGCCACCCCAGGCGCUGUCCCACCCUCAGAGCCUCCAGCAGCCUCAGGGUCUGGGCCACCCUCAGCCCAUGGCCCAAACCCAGGGCUUGGUCCACCCUCAGGCCCUGGCUCACCAGGGUCUCCAGCAACCCCCCAAUCCCUUGCUGCACGGAGGCCGGAAGAUGCCAGACUCAGAUGCCCCCCCGAAUGUGACCGUGUCUACCUCAACUAUCCCCCUUUCAAUGGCGGCCACCCUGCAGCACAGCCAGCCCCCGGACCUGAGCAGCAUCGUGCACCAGAUCAACCAGUUUUGCCAGACGAGGGCAGGCAUCAGCACUACCUCAGUGUGUGAGGGCCAGAUCGCCAACCCCAGCCCCAUUAGUCGCAGUCUGCUCAUCAAUGCAAGCACCCGGGUGUCGACCCACAGCGUCCCCACACCAAUGCCUUCAUGUGUGGUCAAUCCCAUGGAGCACACCCAUGCGGCCACGGCCGCAUUACCUGCUACAGGUCCUGUCAACCUGCCUACAGGCAUUUCUCGAGCCCCAACUGGCUACCCUAGCGACCUCAAGCCAGUCGCCUGGAACCAGCACCAGCUGGCCCACCUACAACAGAUGUGCAGUGAGGCUGGUGGAACGCCAGCCCCUGGCCUGACAGGCAAGCAUGCAGCAGGACGCGAGUUGGCAGGGCCUGGCUUUGUGGGCAAGGCCCCUGCCUACCCGCAGGAACUCUGCCUGGCACAGUCCUUUCAUCUGAAGCCACCCAUGGAAAAGCCGACCCCAUCCCCACCGGUCAACGGCCUGGCAGCCCCACUGGCCUACCCCAAUGGUCACUAUUUCCAACCCCUGUGGAACAACAUUCUGCCCACUCCCAAUAGCGACAGCUCGGGGUCUCAGGACCUCACCAUGCCGUUCCAUGGUGGGCAGCCCACAGGUGCACCCCUCGACUGUACGGCAGCUCCUGGGGCCCACUACCGAGCAGGGACCGGGGGCGGUCCAGUGGCAAGCCAGAACAGCUUGAUGCAAACAGUGGAUUACCUAAGUGGGGAUUUCCAGCAGGCCUGCUUCCGAGAACAGAGCCUGGCCAUGCUCAGCAAGGCCCACCGAGCCCCUGGCAGCCGAGCCCCUGAUCCCACAGAUAGUCGUCUUCAUAUUCAGCACCCGGGGUAUAGAUAGGUAGCCCUGGUGCCCUCCACAUACAACACGUCAUACAUCACCCUCCUAGGUUUAGUCUUACUUUUAAGUAACUGGAUAGUUUUAAAGUUUCACUGCUCCAAUGUGAUCAUUCUUAGAUGUCUAAGGGAAUUUGGUGAUAUCUAACUGGGGGCAGAAGGGGUCUUCUCAUCUUCCUCUCAAGAAACUUUUGGUUUUAACCCCAACCUAACCCCAAUACCAGGCUUUUCUCUCUGCUGUCUGCCUCUCGGUCCUUCCACCUUGGCCAUUUCCAACUAGCUUGAACCUCUACCUUUUUUCCUUAGGACUGUGGUGUGGACUGAGGGAAGGGCCCUAGUUGAGGUAGCUGUAGGUGCCCAGGCCCCUAAGCCAGGCCUCCCCCACCCCCUCUGGGACUAAGAAGCCAGACUUCCUAAGUGCUCUGGAAGCUAAUUCCUCAUUUACCCAAAGAUCUCAAAACUGACCCCAUCUUUUUCUCCUUCCACUUCCUUUCCAUUCUUCAAGGCUUUGUUUUGUAUCUACAUUGAUCCCAGAGCCACUGCACUGUUCUUGUCAUGCUCGAAUUCAAAGGCAUCCUACAGGUAUUUGGUCAUAGCCUUGAGAUAUGGGGGGAAAAAAAGAUCUAUCUUUGUAUUGGCAUCUUGAUUCCUGACUCCCCUUUCUAGACCUAGAGAAACGCAGUCAUCCAGCAUAACCAUGAUCCCUUUCUCACUGUUGCCUCUCUCAUGACUUACUGCUGUCCUUAUCCUGUUCCCUUUCCCCCUCAAAAGAACACUAUCUUGCUUAAGGAUUUAGGUAGGUAAGUGAUGAUCACAUUGGAGUUUGGGAUUAAAAACACCAAAAAAAAAAAAAAAAGUUAAAAUGCAUUUGGUUCUCUACACUGGCUAAGAAUAUUGCUCUACACUGUAAGUUUUAAAUGUCAUGUUUCUGUAUGAAUGUAGUGUGGGUUUGAGUAGCAUUGUGUAUGAGUGGCCCCACAGGUACAUUCACCCUCUAGUAGUGCAGCCCCUCAGUUUAAUGAAGAAAGGAAAAAAAAAAAAACACAAAGCCUUAAGCUCUUUGAAUACUUCCUUUACCAAAUGAGCAUGGUUCUAACAGCUGGAGAUGGGCCUACAUUGGAAACUGCCCCUUGCCCAUUCUUAGAGCAUACCCUCAUCCACGCCAUGCUCAACAUGUCUCAUUCCCAAGUGACAAUUAGUUGGCUAGAAAUUCAGCCCUUUUCUGUAACUUUAGAUUGUGUUUUGUUGUAAAUUUUUGCACCCUUCUUUUGUUAAAGAUGCACAAUUGGGCUCUCUCUCUUUUUUUUUUUUAAAUCUAGCCCUUACCUUUCCUCUUGUCUCUGGGGAAUGUGAACUGAUGUUCUUAUUUAAGAUUUUGGGUUUUGUUUACUAUAUUAUCCACUGUUCUUUAGCCAGAAAUUCUCUAGUGAUCUGAAGCAAUGUGACUGAAGACCAGUUUUUAAAUUAUGUGUUGGCAAGUUGCCUUAUAUUUAAAAAGACAAAAAAAAAAAAAAAAAAAGGAAAAAAAUGCCUGAUUGUGUUAUGCCAAAUGAUAGCAACAUGAAGUCCUAAUUUAUUGUUCCCGAUUGUUUUCCUGCCGUCUGUGAACACUGGUACCUCCCUGUCCCUCAGCCCUCAGGAGCACCUGCAGCUUCUGGUGUAACACCUUCUCCCAAGGUGUUGGCCACCAUCUCACCCAGGGCCCUCUUCCAGUUCCUGCUUCUCUGGGUCAGAUUUGAAGAGCACCACUGUCUCCCCUUAUCUCUUGCUUGAUCUCCAAACCAGAUAUUCUUGCUGUAAUUUUCUCCCCCAAUGCCUCUCCCUGAAAGGUGAGCUGCCAUUUUAGGAAAUUGGACCAGACACCAACUUGGGGGCUUGUGAAUUGAACAACCUCAAACCCAUCUCUUCCUGUGUAGGGGUGCAAGUCUCUAGAGCUCUCACUCCCACCCCUAGUCUGCAUGGAAAAUGUACUGUGAUUCCCCCGUCCCCAACUACCUUCGCCUUUGGUGUGAGAUGUUUCCUAGUUCAACCUGAGUCCCUCUCCUCCCUCUGCCAGCCAACCCCCAACCAGCAAUAAGGGUCCAAGCCAGGGCCUCCUGUCCACACUCCCUGCCUCCAUCCCACACCACCCCUAGGGAAUACCUGGAUUCCCCGCUCUAUCCACAUACUGUAGCAUUCAUUCUCCAUCUCUCUCACCUUCUCACCUGUGGUGGUUUAUGGGUGUGAUGGGGUUUUUAAGAUUAUUAUAAACCAGUAAAAGAAAAAACAACUCA